UGACCCCACCUUGGGAGCUUCUCUGAGCACUGGGCUUGUGCCAGGACACUGAGGACCCCUGCGGCAGGCGCUGUGAAUGAAGUGAGGCUGCCCACCUCCCGCCUGGCACACUGACUCACAACUUCACCCACUGCCAUGUGAGAUGGACCCUGCUGACCAGCAGGUCCUGAAUCAUCUCCUGUUUGGAAGAGAAGAAUAGAAGGAAGUGAGUCCCCAGCGAUGUGCAGGUCAUCUGAAUAUGUGUCUUCUGAGCUAGCAGAUUCACUCUAUGAAAGGAGGAGCACAGCUAUCUGACAGAAGCUCCCUGCGUGGCACCCAGCAUCGAUGGAGAAGAAGUCUCAGAGUUCCUGCUCUCUCUGGGUCACGUGAGAACGCUGCCUGCUUCCGAUCCUGGGGAUGCUGCUCUCUGGGAAGCACCAUAUUCAUCCAGGAAAACAAUUCCUUGCUCCUGGUUUGAAAUGACACUAAGGCGCUCACGUGUUUCAUGGCCCAGAGGCUCCUACAUGGGGGCGGUUUAGGGUGAGCUCAGUUUCCCCCUGCGCUCUCACGUCCAGUUCACUGCAUGUCUGCUGGGAGAAUGAGCAGGUGGCUGUGGCGUGUCCUGUGCCGAGGACCCGGUUUCCUUUAAUCUCUCCAGACACACAGAGCACUCAGAGUCCUUCAUUCCUCGCCACCCACCCACGGGUACAGGAAAGGCCGCACCUUGGCCGGGCCAGCAGGAGGUGGGCAGCCUCACCUCACUCCCAACACCUGCCUCAGGGGUCCCCACUGCUCAGAGAAGCUCCCAAGGUGGGGUCAGGACGUGGCCUCUGCUCCUGCCUGUCCUCUGGGCGGGUCCCUGCGUUUCCACCCACUGUGUAGCGGGACAGCUCCCUCCGGGUGUGGGUCUAAGUUCCUCUUCUGUGAACCCUCAAGGCUCCUGCUCCACCCCGGCUUCUGUGGCUCACACAGCACUUCCCCUGCGCACUGCUCCCUUCUCCACUCAUACACAGGGGCCCGGGAACCCCAGCACUGAGAUGCUGCUGCCCCUGCUGCUGCUGCUGCUGCUGCUGCUGUGGACAGGGGAGUGGGCACAGGGAGAUGGGCACUGGAGGCUGCGAGAUGCUGAGCCUCCUUUACCCCCGAGGUGCGGACCUGAUAGUCGGAACCUCAGGGUGAAAGUGCCAAGGUCGGUGACUGUGCAGGAGGGUCAGUGUGUCCUCGUGCCCUGCGGACUCCCCCAGUAUGCAGUGCCCUCUGGGAAUGGCUUUGUCUAUGGCUACUGGUUUCAAAAAGGGGCCGAUACAGAUAAGGACUUCCCAGUGACCACAAACGACCCACAGCAACAAGUGCAGGAGAGGACUCGGGACCGGUUCUACCUCCUGCUGGACCCAAAGACCAGGAACUGCUCCCUGAAGAUCACAGAUGCACAGAGGGGUGACCAUGGCUCAUACUUCUUUAAGAUGAAGUCAGAAAGUCUAAAGUGGAAUUUCUGUGCUGACCAGGUCUCUGUGGAAGUAACAGCCCUGACCCACACCCCUGACAUCCUUAUCUCGGAGACCCUGGUGCUUGGACGCCCCAGCAACCUUACCUGCUCUGUGUCCUGGGCCUGUAAACAGGGGACACCCCCCAUCUUCUCCUGGGUGGGGGCUUCUGUGGCCCACCUGGACCCCACAGUCACCAGGUCCUCGGUGCUCACCCUGAGCCCCUGGCCCCAGGACCACGGCACCAACCUCACCUGUGAGGUGAGGUUCCCUGGAGCUGGUGUGACUGUGCAGAGAACCAUCCAGCUCAAUGUCACCAGUAAGUGCUAUGCUGAAUGCAUGGGUGCCUGGGUAUGUGAAGGCUGGAAGGGCUAGAGUGGACACUCCUGGCUCUGUGUACUGGCGGCUUGGCUGAGUGAGCACCUGGAAGCUUAUACUCUGUGGGGUUUCUGGGGUGGGAGUGAGGAGUGCUGCAUGAUCUCAUCCCUCAGCCCCACUCAAGAGUAAAACGAACUCCUUUCUCUUCCUGAUGCUUUAAGGGACUUUGCAGUUUGUGUCUCUACAGGAGCUGGCCCAUGCAGAGAGAAACCUCCUAUCCUGGGGGCAGGGCCUCUCCUGCUAAUGAAGGGCUGGGUCCUUCUGCACCCUGGACACACCCCAGUGACUGAGAUACUUGCAGCAAACCCAGUGACUGCUCCCCACACACAGCACAGGUUCUUACCCACCCCUUGUUCCCUCAGACACCAUGGACAGGGAACCCCCCACCCAGCAGAACCAGACUUUCUGUGUCCUUUUCUUCCAUCACCUGGAUGCCCCUAGAACAUCUGCCUAAGCAGUCAUGGAAGGAAACAGAGCCACACAGGCAAACAAUCAGAACCCAUGGUGGUCGGUCCUCAGAAGCUCAGUCCCUUCCCCGGGAGUGACCCUGAGCACUAUGCCUCACUGUGCCCCUGUCUGUCCCCCUGAGGUCAGAGAUGUAAUGGGAGGUCAGCAGCACAGGUGGUCCUGGUACUUCCUACCUGCAGUGCCCACUGCAGGAAGACCCUGGUGUUGUGGGCGUCUUCUGCCAGUGGAAGGUCAGGGCCCUCAUUUCACUGCACCAGCGGAAAGGUUUGAUGAAAGGUUUUGUUAUCUGUUUUCAUGGUGUGAAUGUGACAAUGAGAUGGGGUCCUAAGAGCAAAUGGACUGGGAUUGCAUGUUUCUUCUUGCUCUGAUGCAUGCGGCCUGGGGUCCUCCAGGUGGGGCACCGUUACACUCCCAGCAGUGAGAGCUGGGAGAGUGUGCAUUCCACAACCAAAGAGCCUUACUUAGUGUUGGUUUAGGUUUUGAGUUUUUGGUUCUGUGCAUGAACCUGGGGCGGAUCACCGAGAAUGACCACUGAUUCUGCCCUAAGCCCCAUGGUGGACUUCUGGAUCUUUUCUACCAGCAGGCAAAAUUUGGUAUCUCUGUAUCCUUCUAAAUUUUAUAUCCCUAUAUUUUCUUGGGAUAAAAUUCACUAAAGUUAAAUUCAACACUAUCCAUUUACCCACCACACUUGUAGUGAGGUACAGCCAUCAGAGCUAUGUAAUUUCAGAGCAUUCAUCACCCCAGAAAAAACCCCGCACCCCAAAGCAGGCCUUCUCUUCUGGUCAUGACUGGCCUCCUCCUCUAAGCCUUUGCCUGUCCUUGACAUAUCAGAGACUGAGUCACAUAAACUGUCAUCUCUUGUGCUUGGCUACUUCCCCUAGCACAUGUUUUCCAGAUUUACCUGUGCAGCCAGUAUGAGAGCUUCCUGUCUUUCCAAGUUUCAAUAACAUCCCCAUGUCAGGGCAUGACACAUUUGGCUCAACUAUUUAUCAUGUGACGGAUGCUGGGGUUGAGUCCACUUUUAACUACUAUAUUUAAUCCUGCUAGGAAGAAAUUCAUCUGUGUGUGUGUUUUCAUUUUCCUCAGAUACAUAUCAAGGAGUAGAAUUACAAAGAGACUAUAAGUCAGACCCCAAUCUUUGGGUAUUAUGCUGUAGAUAUUAAUUUUUGGAUAUUGUGAUUCAGACAGUAAUUUUUUUAGAAAUGUGGACUGUACCCCCCCCCAGUGUCAGUACAGCCUUCUAUUCCCAUCAGCCCUGUGCAAAAGCUCCAAGUCUCCAUGCUUUUUGCAACAUAAUUUUUUAAAAAUUUUAUUUGAAGAAAGACUAAACAAAACAGAAAACGGGUAGAAAUAAUACAUACUUUCAAAGAAAAGAUAAACAGUAAGAAGUCAUUAGUUGAUAAUUACAGACUGUUCUCUUACAAAUAGUUGUUCAAGUUACAAAAGUGAAGCAUACAAAGUGGACAUUCAAACAGCGAGACUGCAAACAGUUCUGUUCAACUAUCCAACAAAAACUUAAUAAUAUGGAUAUCAAUCCUAUACACUUAAACAUACAUGCAGUUAUCCAUAUCUUCACUUACGUUGAGAUUAAACAAACCAUACAAGGCUAAAAUCACUCUGAACAAAGAAUAAUAGUAUCUCUGGAUUUCACACCAUGACACUCCAGGAUCAGCACUGGGUACUGAUCUCUUUUUCUUCAAAGUAUUUGUUCAUUUCAUCAUGCACUAUAAGAUCAGUUCUCAUAAACUGUUUAUAGGUUCUAUGCAUGCACGAGUCCCAACAUGUAUUUCUAUCCUUUGUAUAUUAGAGGGAGAAACAAAACAAAGCAAAACAAAACCAAACAUUUUCCUAGGAACAAAGAGUUACACUGUUUUUACUAAUGUAUAAACUUUGUCUUCUUAAAAAUUAAUUGAAACUUUGUCUCAGUUUAGGAAUACACAAUGAUGACAUUCACCAUAAGUAGUUUAUAACUGUACAUGAUAUAUUGAAGAGACGAAGAAAGCUCGUUCCAUCUGCUGCUUCCCCUCCCCUUCUCCCUUCAAAUCCAACUAGGUUAAGUUUUAACUUCCUAAAGGCCAUAAAACAAAGGCCUGAGGUACUAGCUCCUGACAUCCUGGGUCUUCCCUAUCCGGUAGCCCCGUCACAAAUUGUGUUAAUUGCAUCAGAUUGUAUUAGAUUGUACAUUCUUCACAGAAAUAGCUUCGUUUAUAUCAUAGUAAUACCUGUAACUGUAAAUGUGUGUCUUCCUUUUCCCCUGGGUAAAAGAUUGAUAUGUUAAUCAAUGCUCUCUUCUGUAAAGAAUUGUAAAAUCUUACCCAAUUGAUAUGUUAACCAUUGUUGCCCUCUACAAAUAGAAAGGUUGUGGUGCUAAAGUAAGGUAAUUAUGUCAGGAAACUCAGAGAUAAAGUCUGCUGACUAUGCUAAUCAAGAUUGGGAAGUAUGUCAGAACCAAGCCACACAGGAGCUAGGUGACCUAAAAAUAAGCUGUGCAAAACAAGACAGUUAAUCAACUCUGACCCACUGGUCGCCCCUCAUGAUCUGACCAAUCACAAAUGGACAAAUCACCAACUGUUCUGCUCUAACUGCUAUGAUUGGCUUCUGUAACAAUGCUUGCUUGCUUUGCGGUUUUCAUCCUUAAAAACACCAGCCUUGCCCCAACUCAGGGUUCUCCGUUUCCACCUGUUUGGAGGACCCCGCGUACACGGAAUAAUAAAAACCCCAUUGUUUUUACAUGAGAGCGAGGCCCUUGGAGUCUUCCUCGCGACACCGGUCUAACAUUUUGGAGGCCCCAGCGAGAUCAAACUGAGAAGAGACCUCCUCGCAGAGGGAGACCCCAACGGCACCUCUCUGGGGUAAGUAGUACGGCCAGUUUUUGUUUACUUUCAUUUUGGAUCGAUCCGCCAUUUCCUUUCGCCCCAGGCCGAACUCCGGCUCUACUUCACGGGCAAAUUCUGUUCUUGGGUGAUCGGGGGACGCCCCACACGGUUUUCCGUGACUCACCGUCUGCGAUAGGAUUUUCCUAUUGAUCUGGGGAAUUUCAUUCCCAAUCUGUGGUCCGUCUGGGCCAAUCUGGGGAAUUUCAUUCCCAAUCUGUGGUCCGUCUGGGCCAAUCUGGGGAAUUUCAUUCCCAAUCUGUGGUCCGUCCGGGCCAAUCUGGAGGCACCCCUUAAGGUGACUCGUUUGAUGUGAAACUAAUGCGUGAGAGUGAGGUGGCCGGCCUGUUUGUCCUGUGUGUUGUGACUGUUGUGAUCGGUUAUUUGUUGUGUCGCGCGUACGCUAACCACUCUUUGUCUUCAGAACACCAUGGGACAAAUGACAUCGUCCCCAUUGUCCCUCACCCUCGACCAUUGGUCGGAGGUUCGAGAGAGGGCUCACAAUCUCUCCUUUCAGGUUAAAAAAAGUAAAUGGCAGACUUUCUGCUCGUCUGAGUGGCCCACAUUCUCCGUGGAUUGGCCACCGGAGGGGACUUUCCACCUUCCCCUCAUCUUAGCAGUUAAAAACAUCAUCUUCCGCCCUGGAUGAGAGAGCCACCCCAACUGGGUCACCUACAUCUUGGUAUGGCAGGACCUCAGGGAGAAGCCCCCACCGUGGGUAAAACCCUUCCUUCCUCCGCCCUCUCCUUGGUUGCCUGUUUAAACUUGUUACUAACUUAGGGGCUUGUUGCCCAUUUCUGUUGCAGGAUCCAUAUGGCUUAUUAGAUUCAAGGUUCAUGAUAAGAAAAAUUAUUUCCUUUAGCUGACCAAACUAUGCAAGAAGCUCCCUUUGUUUGUGUCUUUAAUGUUGUGGCACCUUGUUUAAUAUGUAAGACUUCAAUUGAUUGCUUGCAACCUCGGCAUGCCUUUUAAAAGGAGUAUUUUUUCUCUCUGGUGAAAAUGUAAACAUGUGCACAUAUAUAUGUAUAUCUAUGGUUGUUAAGAGUCAUGUCAACUUUGCCAAGUAAAAACCAGGCGGUACUAUAUUUGAGCCAGUUAAAAGGUUACAGUUUUGUUUUUAAAAUACAACAUUUUUAUGUGGUAAAAAAACAUAAAAUAAGUAUGUUUUGGACUACUAAAAGGUGACUUCAAGGGUUUUGUUGAGAGUUUUGAUGUUGUCUGAGAAAUGAAAAAAAAAGGUAAUUGACUGGUAAUAGUAAAAAGAGGGACAAAGAGAGUGGUCUUCAAGUAAAGGUGUCUGGCUAUGCCAGAAUGUAGAAAAAGAUUAAAGCUUAGUUUGAGAGGUAUUAUUGUAAGUUGUAGAAGGCUCAAGAGGAUGUAAAUUUUAUUUGUCUUGGUUUAUAGUACUACAAAUAACAGGUUUGACAAAAAGUAAAUGUGUUCAAAAUUUGACAGUAUUAGAUCAGUUUUGGUAAAAGUAUACAUAAGAUUGUACUUUGCUGCAAAAUGUUUUCAUUAAAAUGAGAUUAUAGGUGAUAUUAAAAAUAAGAUACAAGUUCUUACAUGUGCUGUGAACAUCUGGGAGAUUAUACAGCACAAUUUUGUUACCUAUGAAAAAGCCCUUUUUGUUAAGAAUAUAAUUUUAAUAAAAUAAUGGCCUGUCACGUGACACCCUUGGACAAAAAACAGUGUGCCAUCCAGAUGAAGCCGGCUCUCUGAUCCGGAAUGCCAAAACCAUGUUCUCCUUUUGUGCCACCCUGACUGGACAUCCAGAGGUAAGGAGGUUUCCCAAUAUUGCCAGUUGUUCUCUUUGUAACUCAGUCGGCCCCACAUGUUAGACAAAAAUUACAAAGGUUUGAGAGGUUUAAGAAAAUGCCCCUCAGCCAGUUAAUAGAGAUAGCACAAAAAGGUCUUUGAGAACUAAAAAAUUUACAAAAAGAUAGCCAAGAUGUUAAAAUUGCUCUAUGAAAAAAAAACUUUUAAAAAACAGACGAGAGUUUCUGGGGGCAGUUGGAUACUGUAGGCUAAAUUUUACUGAAAAGCUUGCCUCUAUAUGACUGACUCCCAUAAGGGAGAAACUCAAAAUUCGCUGAACUGGACUGAUAAAUGUAAACAGGCCUUCCAACAGCUCAAGCGGGCCUUGACAGAGGCCCCAGCCCUGGGACUCCCUGACGUUACCAAGCCUUUCAUCUUGUUCAUAGAUAAACUCAGGGACAUUGCCAAAAGAGUCCUAACUCAGGACAUUGGCCCUUAAAAAAGGCCUAUAGCCUACCUCUCCAAAAGACUUGAUCCAGUAACAGGAGUAUGGCCCCCUGCCUAAGAAUACUAGCUACUGUGACAAUGUUACUUAAGGAGACAAAGAAACUCGCUUUGGGCAAGUGAUUUCUGUGGUAACCUCUCACAGUUUAGAGACUCUUAUCAAAACCCCUCCUAAAAAAAGGCUCUCAAAUGCCAGAAUUCUACUGUCAAGCCCUGCUUCUAGACCCAGAGUUAAUGAUAUUCAAGACUUCUUCAGCUUUAAACCCAGCCACCCUUAUGCCUGAUGAUGAUCCGGAGGAACAAAGGACACCUCUCCAUGAGUGUGCUGACAUCCUCGAACUGCAGCAGAACCUACAGGCUGAUCUUACUGACCAGCUUUUGGGAAAUGCCGACAACUGUUCGAUGGAAGCAGCUUCAUCCAAAACGGCAAACGAGUGGCCGGGGCAGCAGUGACCGCCAAAAAGGAGGUACUCUGGGUUAAGCGGGUAGAGUCUGGCACUUCUGCCCAAAAGGCGGAGCUUGUUGCUUUGACUGAGAGGCUAAAACUAGCCACAAAAAAGAGGAUAAACAUUUUUUUUACUGAAGACAUCCCUUUGCUACUGUACAUAUACGGGAAAGCCAUCUAAAAAUGCUCCACAGAUUCUAGAUUUGCUGGCAGCUGUCUGGCUGCCUCAAUGGGUUGCUAUUCCUUACAAGGCUCACCCAACCAGAGAUGAAAAAUAGCAACCACAUCAGAGGGGUCAACCAAGAAAGUAACUGCUCUGAUACUAGUCCUCUGACCUUGUCAGAACUAGUCUACACAAAGAAAGACCUACAGUUGGCAUCUCAACUUGGAAUAAAGUCUCCCACCCCAAGGGGCUAAUACCAGUUACCUAAUAAACAAGUACUGUUACUGGAGGCACUAGGGUGGGAGCUGUUUCACCUUGCAGAAUUGUUCAGAACUCAGUAUUUUAUUCCAAAACUCUACAAACUGACCACCUCUUUGAGCUCCAGAUGCCCACAGUGCUUGUUAGUCAACUCAGCCAAGAGCUCUGCGUUGGAGACCACCCGACAUCAAGAAAUUGUUCCAGGAGAACAUUGGGAAAUAGACUUCAUAGACAUGGUAAAACUUAAUUUACAGGGACACCGCUAUCUCUUGAUAUUAAUAAACACUUUUACUGGCUGGGUAGAGGCUUUCCCUACUAAAUCUGAGUCAGCCUUAGUGGUAGUUAAAAGGCUAUUACAUGAGAUCAUACCUUAAUUUGGCCUCCCACUAUCAAUGGGGUCCGAUAAUGGCCUGGCUUUCAUAGCCCGAGUCACCCAAAAGUUAGCCCAGACAUUAAAGAUUAAUUAAAACUCCACUGUGCCUAUCAGCCACAAAGCUCAGGGCAAGUAAAACGUAUGAACCAAAGUCUCAAGGACAUUUUAGCUAAGCUGUCUUCAAAAACUGGCGAUAAUUGGAUGAGCCUUCUUCCCUUUGCACUGUUAAGAGCUAGAUAUACCCCAUAUGUUUCUAGAAUUUCCCCCUUUAAAGCCAUGUUUGGGAGGCCCCCGCCAUUGGUUCCAAGAUUGUCAGAAGACAAAUUAGCUGAAAUUACUAAUCGAGAUCUUAAGUUCCUACAGACACUCCAACCUGUGUUGGCCUGGAUCCACCAGCUGUUUAGACAAAAACACUUGGACCUGCCUUCAGAGACCAAGGCCUCAGGGACUCCAGUCUUGGUUCGAUGUCACCACCAUGACUCCCUCAAAUCCUGCUGGGAAAGACCUUUCACCGUGGUGCUCAGUACCCCCACUGCCAUCAAGGUAGCAGGAAAAACUGCGCGGAUUCACUACACUCAUGUAAAGCCACUGGAAACAGCAGACAACGAGGGACAUACUCAGUGGACUACACAACAGACUGGUAACCCUUAAAGUUAAAAAUUGACUAAAACAUAGUUAGAUUAUGCUGGUCAUGAACUGUUUUAGCUUGCUUGUUUUGAUUUUAAUUAAUUAACAUUAAUGCUGACCUUACAUGGCGGCUUUGGUCCCCCUGUAAAAAAAAAAAAACAAUUGUUAAAGAUCUUUGUAUGGGAGCCCCCUUUAAAAAAUGUAAAACGGAAUUCUCCCCUAUCUCCUUCCCUUAAUAAGACCAUUAGUGACCUUAAUCCUAAUCCUAGCCAUUGUCCCUUGCCUCAUUAACUGAAUUACCCAAUUCAUAAGGGGACAAGUCUCUCAGGUCAAAUUAAUGGUCAUACGUCACCAAUAUAAACCCCUAGCUACAACAAACCUCUAAGAUUAGAGGUCAUCCCCCCCCCAAAAAAAGGGGGGAAUGAAGAGACGAAGAAAGCUCGUUCCAUCUGCUGCUUCCCCUCCCCUUCUCCCUUCAAAUCCAACUAGGUUAAGUUUUAACUUCCUAAAGGCCAUAAAACAAAGGCCUGAGGUACUAGCUCCUGACAUCCUGGGUCUUCCCUAUCCGGUAGCCCCGUCACAAAUUGUGUUAAUUGCAUCAGAUUGUAUUAGAUUGUACAUUCUUCACAGAAAUAGCUUCGUUUAUAUCAUAGUAAUACCUGUAACUGUAAAUGUGUGUCUUCCUUUUCCCCUGGGUAAAAGAUUGAUAUGUUAAUCAAUGCUCUCUUCUGUAAAGAAUUGUAAAAUCUUACCCAAUUGAUAUGUUAACCAUUGUUGCCCUCUACAAAUAGAAAGGUUGUGGUGCUAAAGUAAGGUAAUUAUGUCAGGAAACUCAGAGAUAAAGUCUGCUGACUAUGCUAAUCAAGAUUGGGAAGUAUGUCAGAACCAAGCCACACAGGAGCUAGGUGACCUAAAAAUAAGCUGUGCAAAACAAGACAGUUAAUCAACUCUGACCCACUGGUCGCCCCUCAUGAUCUGACCAAUCACAAAUGGACAAAUCACCAACUGUUCUGCUCUAACUGCUAUGAUUGGCUUCUGUAACAAUGCUUGCUUGCUUUGCGGUUUUCAUCCUUAAAAACACCAGCCUUGCCCCAACUCAGGGUUCUCCGUUUCCACCUGUUUGGAGGACCCCGCGUACACGGAAUAAUAAAAACCCCAUUGUUUUUACAUGAGAGCGAGGCCCUUGGAGUCUUCCUCGCGACACCGGUCUAACAUUUUGGAGGCCCCAGCGAGAUCAAACUGAGAAGAGACCUCCUCGCAGAGGGAGACCCCAACGGCACCUCUCUGGGGUAAGUAGUACGGCCAGUUUUUGUUUACUUUCAUUUUGGAUCGAUCCGCCAUUUCCUUUCGCCCCAGGCCGAACUCCGGCUCUACUUCACGGGCAAAUUCUGUUCUUGGGUGAUCGGGGGACGCCCCACACGGUUUUCCGUGACUCACCGUCUGCGAUAGGAUUUUCCUAUUGAUCUGGGGAAUUUCAUUCCCAAUCUGUGGUCCGUCUGGGCCAAUCUGGGGAAUUUCAUUCCCAAUCUGUGGUCCGUCUGGGCCAAUCUGGGGAAUUUCAUUCCCAAUCUGUGGUCCGUCCGGGCCAAUCUGGAGGCACCCCUUAAGGUGACUCGUUUGAUGUGAAACUAAUGCGUGAGAGUGAGGUGGCCGGCCUGUUUGUCCUGUGUGUUGUGACUGUUGUGAUCGGUUAUUUGUUGUGUCGCGCGUACGCUAACCACUCUUUGUCUUCAGAACACCAUGGGACAAAUGACAUCGUCCCCAUUGUCCCUCACCCUCGACCAUUGGUCGGAGGUUCGAGAGAGGGCUCACAAUCUCUCCUUUCAGGUUAAAAAAAGUAAAUGGCAGACUUUCUGCUCGUCUGAGUGGCCCACAUUCUCCGUGGAUUGGCCACCGGAGGGGACUUUCCACCUUCCCCUCAUCUUAGCAGUUAAAAACAUCAUCUUCCGCCCUGGAUGAGAGAGCCACCCCAACUGGGUCACCUACAUCUUGGUAUGGCAGGACCUCAGGGAGAAGCCCCCACCGUGGGUAAAACCCUUCCUUCCUCCGCCCUCUCCUUGGUUGCCUGUUUAAACUUGUUACUAACUUAGGGGCUUGUUGCCCAUUUCUGUUGCAGGAUCCAUAUGGCUUAUUAGAUUCAAGGUUCAUGAUAAGAAAAAUUAUUUCCUUUAGCUGACCAAACUAUGCAAGAAGCUCCCUUUGUUUGUGUCUUUAAUGUUGUGGCACCUUGUUUAAUAUGUAAGACUUCAAUUGAUUGCUUGCAACCUCGGCAUGCCUUUUAAAAGGAGUAUUUUUUCUCUCUGGUGAAAAUGUAAACAUGUGCACAUAUAUAUGUAUAUCUAUGGUUGUUAAGAGUCAUGUCAACUUUGCCAAGUAAAAACCAGGCGGUACUAUAUUUGAGCCAGUUAAAAGGUUACAGUUUUGUUUUUAAAAUACAACAUUUUUAUGUGGUAAAAAAACAUAAAAUAAGUAUGUUUUGGACUACUAAAAGGUGACUUCAAGGGUUUUGUUGAGAGUUUUGAUGUUGUCUGAGAAAUGAAAAAAAAAGGUAAUUGACUGGUAAUAGUAAAAAGAGGGACAAAGAGAGUGGUCUUCAAGUAAAGGUGUCUGGCUAUGCCAGAAUGUAGAAAAAGAUUAAAGCUUAGUUUGAGAGGUAUUAUUGUAAGUUGUAGAAGGCUCAAGAGGAUGUAAAUUUUAUUUGUCUUGGUUUAUAGUACUACAAAUAACAGGUUUGACAAAAAGUAAAUGUGUUCAAAAUUUGACAGUAUUAGAUCAGUUUUGGUAAAAGUAUACAUAAGAUUGUACUUUGCUGCAAAAUGUUUUCAUUAAAAUGAGAUUAUAGGUGAUAUUAAAAAUAAGAUACAAGUUCUUACAUGUGCUGUGAACAUCUGGGAGAUUAUACAGCACAAUUUUGUUACCUAUGAAAAAGCCCUUUUUGUUAAGAAUAUAAUUUUAAUAAAAUAAUGGCCUGUCACGUGACACCCUUGGACAAAAAACAGUGUGCCAUCCAGAUGAAGCCGGCUCUCUGAUCCGGAAUGCCAAAACCAUGUUCUCCUUUUGUGCCACCCUGACUGGACAUCCAGAGGUAAGGAGGUUUCCCAAUAUUGCCAGUUGUUCUCUUUGUAACUCAGUCGGCCCCACAUGUUAGACAAAAAUUACAAAGGUUUGAGAGGUUUAAGAAAAUGCCCCUCAGCCAGUUAAUAGAGAUAGCACAAAAAGGUCUUUGAGAACUAAAAAAUUUACAAAAAGAUAGCCAAGAUGUUAAAAUUGCUCUAUGAAAAAAAAACUUUUAAAAAACAGACGAGAGUUUCUGGGGGCAGUUGGAUACUGUAGGCUAAAUUUUACUGAAAAGCUUGCCUCUAUAUGACUGACUCCCAUAAGGGAGAAACUCAAAAUUCGCUGAACUGGACUGAUAAAUGUAAACAGGCCUUCCAACAGCUCAAGCGGGCCUUGACAGAGGCCCCAGCCCUGGGACUCCCUGACGUUACCAAGCCUUUCAUCUUGUUCAUAGAUAAACUCAGGGACAUUGCCAAAAGAGUCCUAACUCAGGACAUUGGCCCUUAAAAAAGGCCUAUAGCCUACCUCUCCAAAAGACUUGAUCCAGUAACAGGAGUAUGGCCCCCUGCCUAAGAAUACUAGCUACUGUGACAAUGUUACUUAAGGAGACAAAGAAACUCGCUUUGGGCAAGUGAUUUCUGUGGUAACCUCUCACAGUUUAGAGACUCUUAUCAAAACCCCUCCUAAAAAAAGGCUCUCAAAUGCCAGAAUUCUACUGUCAAGCCCUGCUUCUAGACCCAGAGUUAAUGAUAUUCAAGACUUCUUCAGCUUUAAACCCAGCCACCCUUAUGCCUGAUGAUGAUCCGGAGGAACAAAGGACACCUCUCCAUGAGUGUGCUGACAUCCUCGAACUGCAGCAGAACCUACAGGCUGAUCUUACUGACCAGCUUUUGGGAAAUGCCGACAACUGUUCGAUGGAAGCAGCUUCAUCCAAAACGGCAAACGAGUGGCCGGGGCAGCAGUGACCGCCAAAAAGGAGGUACUCUGGGUUAAGCGGGUAGAGUCUGGCACUUCUGCCCAAAAGGCGGAGCUUGUUGCUUUGACUGAGAGGCUAAAACUAGCCACAAAAAAGAGGAUAAACAUUUUUUUUACUGAAGACAUCCCUUUGCUACUGUACAUAUACGGGAAAGCCAUCUAAAAAUGCUCCACAGAUUCUAGAUUUGCUGGCAGCUGUCUGGCUGCCUCAAUGGGUUGCUAUUCCUUACAAGGCUCACCCAACCAGAGAUGAAAAAUAGCAACCACAUCAGAGGGGUCAACCAAGAAAGUAACUGCUCUGAUACUAGUCCUCUGACCUUGUCAGAACUAGUCUACACAAAGAAAGACCUACAGUUGGCAUCUCAACUUGGAAUAAAGUCUCCCACCCCAAGGGGCUAAUACCAGUUACCUAAUAAACAAGUACUGUUACUGGAGGCACUAGGGUGGGAGCUGUUUCACCUUGCAGAAUUGUUCAGAACUCAGUAUUUUAUUCCAAAACUCUACAAACUGACCACCUCUUUGAGCUCCAGAUGCCCACAGUGCUUGUUAGUCAACUCAGCCAAGAGCUCUGCGUUGGAGACCACCCGACAUCAAGAAAUUGUUCCAGGAGAACAUUGGGAAAUAGACUUCAUAGACAUGGUAAAACUUAAUUUACAGGGACACCGCUAUCUCUUGAUAUUAAUAAACACUUUUACUGGCUGGGUAGAGGCUUUCCCUACUAAAUCUGAGUCAGCCUUAGUGGUAGUUAAAAGGCUAUUACAUGAGAUCAUACCUUAAUUUGGCCUCCCACUAUCAAUGGGGUCCGAUAAUGGCCUGGCUUUCAUAGCCCGAGUCACCCAAAAGUUAGCCCAGACAUUAAAGAUUAAUUAAAACUCCACUGUGCCUAUCAGCCACAAAGCUCAGGGCAAGUAAAACGUAUGAACCAAAGUCUCAAGGACAUUUUAGCUAAGCUGUCUUCAAAAACUGGCGAUAAUUGGAUGAGCCUUCUUCCCUUUGCACUGUUAAGAGCUAGAUAUACCCCAUAUGUUUCUAGAAUUUCCCCCUUUAAAGCCAUGUUUGGGAGGCCCCCGCCAUUGGUUCCAAGAUUGUCAGAAGACAAAUUAGCUGAAAUUACUAAUCGAGAUCUUAAGUUCCUACAGACACUCCAACCUGUGUUGGCCUGGAUCCACCAGCUGUUUAGACAAAAACACUUGGACCUGCCUUCAGAGACCAAGGCCUCAGGGACUCCAGUCUUGGUUCGAUGUCACCACCAUGACUCCCUCAAAUCCUGCUGGGAAAGACCUUUCACCGUGGUGCUCAGUACCCCCACUGCCAUCAAGGUAGCAGGAAAAACUGCGCGGAUUCACUACACUCAUGUAAAGCCACUGGAAACAGCAGACAACGAGGGACAUACUCAGUGGACUACACAACAGACUGGUAACCCUUAAAGUUAAAAAUUGACUAAAACAUAGUUAGAUUAUGCUGGUCAUGAACUGUUUUAGCUUGCUUGUUUUGAUUUUAAUUAAUUAACAUUAAUGCUGACCUUACAUGGCGGCUUUGGUCCCCCUGUAAAAAAAAAAAAACAAUUGUUAAAGAUCUUUGUAUGGGAGCCCCCUUUAAAAAAUGUAAAACGGAAUUCUCCCCUAUCUCCUUCCCUUAAUAAGACCAUUAGUGACCUUAAUCCUAAUCCUAGCCAUUGUCCCUUGCCUCAUUAACUGAAUUACCCAAUUCAUAAGGGGACAAGUCUCUCAGGUCAAAUUAAUGGUCAUACGUCACCAAUAUAAACCCCUAGCUACAACAAACCUCUAAGAUUAGAGGUCAUCCCCCCCCCAAAAAAAGGGGGGAAUGAAGAGACGAAGAAAGCUCGUUCCAUCUGCUGCUUCCCCUCCCCUUCUCCCUUCAAAUCCAACUAGGUUAAGUUUUAACUUCCUAAAGGCCAUAAAACAAAGGCCUGAGGUACUAGCUCCUGACAUCCUGGGUCUUCCCUAUCCGGUAGCCCCGUCACAAAUUGUGUUAAUUGCAUCAGAUUGUAUUAGAUUGUACAUUCUUCACAGAAAUAGCUUCGUUUAUAUCAUAGUAAUACCUGUAACUGUAAAUGUGUGUCUUCCUUUUCCCCUGGGUAAAAGAUUGAUAUGUUAAUCAAUGCUCUCUUCUGUAAAGAAUUGUAAAAUCUUACCCAAUUGAUAUGUUAACCAUUGUUGCCCUCUACAAAUAGAAAGGUUGUGGUGCUAAAGUAAGGUAAUUAUGUCAGGAAACUCAGAGAUAAAGUCUGCUGACUAUGCUAAUCAAGAUUGGGAAGUAUGUCAGAACCAAGCCACACAGGAGCUAGGUGACCUAAAAAUAAGCUGUGCAAAACAAGACAGUUAAUCAACUCUGACCCACUGGUCGCCCCUCAUGAUCUGACCAAUCACAAAUGGACAAAUCACCAACUGUUCUGCUCUAACUGCUAUGAUUGGCUUCUGUAACAAUGCUUGCUUGCUUUGCGGUUUUCAUCCUUAAAAACACCAGCCUUGCCCCAACUCAGGGUUCUCCGUUUCCACCUGUUUGGAGGACCCCGCGUACACGGAAUAAUAAAAACCCCAUUGUUUUUACAUGA